AUGCAGGGCCCGCGCCCACGUCUGUGGUCCGGACAGCGGACGCGUCAAAACCAGUUUGACAUCGAUGGGGAUGAGGUCCACUACCCCACGCGGCCAGUCGACAAGGACAAGGCCGAGCAGGAUUUGGUUGUGAACAUCAAGAAGGCCACCACUGCAGACGAGAGUGCGCCGAAGCAAAAGCAUGUCCGCAAAUGUAUUGUGUUUACAUGGGAUUAUCAUUCCUCGAUUUCCUUCUGGUCGGGCCUCCGCGUUCAGCCCAUCUUAUCCGACGAGGUUCAAACCUUCAAGGCACUCAUUACUGUACAUAAAGUAUUGCAAGAGGGACACCCGGUGACAAUUAAGGAGGCUCAGGCCCAGACUGGCUGGCUCGAGUCGUGCGCUCGUACUGUUGGUCAUGACAGCGGAAGAGGGUAUGGAACGCUCAUCCGCACAUACGUGCAAUUCAUACUAGCAAAGCUUCGAUUCCAUCGUCUUCGCCCAGAAUUCAAUGGUCUCUUCGAAUACGAGGAGUAUGUCACGCUCAAGGGUAUCGAUGAUCCGAAUGAAGGCUACGAGACAAUAUCCGAUCUCAUGGCUCUUCAAGAUCAGAUUGAAUCUUUCCAGAAGAUGGUCUUUGCGCAUUUCAGACAUUCGGCCAACAACGAAUGUCGCAUCUCUGCUCUAGUCCCGCUCGUUAAAGAAAGCUGGGGUAUCUAUCGCUUCAUCACGAGCAUGUUGCGAGCCAUGCACAGAAGAACAAACGACGUCGAAGCUUUGGAGCCUUUGAGGACGCGAUUCAAUAGCCAGCACUACAACUUGCGCAAGUUUUACUACGAAUGCUCCAACCUCAAGUACUUGACAAGUCUCAUCAAUGUGCCCAAACUCGGUCAAGAUCCUCCCAAUCUGAUGGACAGUGGAGGCGCGCCAGACCUGCCCGCCCGCCCUACAACUGUUGCACCGAGAUCACCCUCCCCGCCACCUGUGGCGCCUUCCCCUGAUGCCGCCACCGUCAACGAGCAGGCCCGCAUGCUCAAGCAGUAUGAAGAUCAGCAGGCUGCUUUGCAAGCCGCGCGUGAGGCCGAAGAACGUCGCCGCUAUGAACUGGAACAGCAACAACAGCAUGAGUUUGAACAGCGGCAGAGAGAACAAGCAGAGAGGGAGCGGCUUGCACAGGAGCAACUGAUGCAGCAGCAGAUGAUGCAGCUCAAUAACCAGGCUGCGCAGCAUGUCAAUGACAUGGAAAGGGAUAUGCUUGCGAUGAGAGGGCAAUACGAGCGCGACCAGCUGCUGCUUGAACAAUAUGACCGCAGGGUGAAGGCCUUGGAAGGCGAACUGGGUGCCGUCUCCAUGCACAUAGGCUCUCAAGUGGCGUCGAAAGACGAGCUCAUCAAGCAACUACAAGACCAAGUCGCCUUGUGGCGCAACAAGUACGAAGCCCUCGCCAAGCUGUACAGUCAGCUCCGCACGGAACAUCUGGACAUGCUCUCAAAGUUCAAGCAAUUCCAGCUCAAAGCCAACUCGGCACAGGAGGCUGUCGAUCGCAUGGAACGUAUGGAGCGUGAUCUGAAGGCGAAGAAUCUCGAGCUCGCUGACAUGAUCCGCGAGCGGGAUCGUGCACGCUUCGAUGUGGACCGCCAGAAGUCGUCUCACAAGGACGAGAUCGAUCGUCUUCGUCGAGAGAUCAACUUUGCCAACGAGAGGGCCGAGGAUGCGUCUCGAUCGAAGAGCUCCGAGGUGUCGAGUGUGCUUGGGAAAUACAACAGGCAGAUGUCCGAGCUGGAAGACUCAUUGCGCUCGAAGCAAAUCCAGAUCGACGAUCUCCUUACGAGAUUAGACGCGUCUGCGGGCGAACUUGAGCGCCUUCGUGAGGAAAAGGACCAAGAGAUCAUGAUUCUGCAGGAAGGCAUGGACAGCACCAUCCAGCGACUGUCUGACGCUCAGCAGACUCAAGGCAUCGCCGAAGAGGCAACGAACGCGCAGAUAGACACGCUGAUCCUCGACAAUAGGAAAAAGCUCAACCAAAUCAUCGACUCCAUCCUCCAGGCCUGCGUUCAAAAGGUGGAUGACGCGAUCUACGAACUCGAGUCGCCGACCCAAGCCGGCAACCAGAACUCGACGCCCGAAUACACCCUGUCCAUGAUCGAAAAGGCGCUCUCGAACUCGACCGAUUUCGCCACCAUCUUCAACCUCUACCUGGACAACCAGCCCGGUGGCGACCACGUGGAUGUCAUCAAGGGCGCCAACGAGUUCGCGCAGGCCCUCGCGGACACCCUCGUCAACGUCAAGGGCAUCACGCGCUUGACGGAGGGCGACGACGCGUCCGACAAGCUCAUCAACGUGGCGAGGACGGCCGGUGACGUCGGCCUGCGGUUCUUCCUGAACCUGCAAUCGUACAAGCUCGACCUGGUCGACCGCUCCCAGCGCGUGACGAUCGCGAUGCGCAACAACGGCGAGGCCCGCAGCGCCCUCACGAAGCUGUCGGAGGCCGUCGAGGCCAUCAUCCCGAAGGGCAAGUCGCCCGCGCUGGCGAAGGCCAACGGGGACAUCGGCGACCUCGUCCAGCAGACGAUGUUGGGCGCCGCGCAGGCGAUCGAGGCCGCGACCGCGCGCCUGCAGGAGCUCAUGGCGCGGCCGCGCGACUCGAGCCGCUUCAGCGCGGUCGACCUCCAGGUGCACGACUCGAUCCUCGCGGCCGCGCUGGCGAUCACGCACGCGAUCGGCGGGCUCAUCCGCGCGGCGACGGACUCGCAGCAGGAGAUCGUCGCGCAGGGCAAAGGGUCGAGCACGACGCAGCAGUUCUACAAGCGGAACAACCGCUGGACGGAGGGCCUCAUCUCCGCGGCGCGCUCGGUCGCGUUCGCGACGAACCUGCUGAUCGAGAGCGCGGACGGCGUGCUCUCCGGCACGCACUCGCUCGAGCAGCUCAUCGUCGCGUCGAACGAGGUGGCGGCCGCGACGGCGCAGCUGGUGGCGGCCUCGCGCGUCAAGGCGAACCUGAUGUCCAAGACGCAGGAGCGCCUGGAGCUCGCGGCCAAGGCCGUGACGGAGGCGUGCAAGGCGCUCGUGCGGCAGGUCCGGGCCAUCUCCGCGAAGCAGGCCGAGGCGGAGGAGGUCGACUACAAGAACAUGGCGAACUUGGAGUUCAAGAAGCGCGAGAUGGAGCAGCAGGUCGAGAUCCUGCGCCUCGAGAAGGAUCUCGGCGCGGCGCGGCAUCGUCUGGGCGCAAUGAGGAGAGCGGGAUACCACACUGAGGAGACAGACUGA